CGAUAAGGCACCUAUCUCGCGCUUCUGAGACACCGAAUAAAAGGAAGAAGAAGAACAACUGCAACAAGAAGAACACCGCGUAGUUUAAUGUGAUUUUUAUACAGAUGCAGCAGCGGGACUCCAGUUGUAGGACUCAGAGGACCAAUAUGUUUACGUUAUGAGUGACUGAUGGGCCAAGAUGCGACCGCUGCUUCACCCAAGUCAUGGAGAAAUUAAGAAACUCAACAGGUUGCACAGGGACUGUGUUCCCACUACAGUAUUCAGGGACUAUGCAGAACAGCACUAUCUCCAGCAGGGAGCACAGAGCUGUGGGGUUUGUGCUUGUGCAUGCAGGAGCAGGGUAUCAUUCGGAAUCCAAAGCCAAGGAGUAUAAACAUGUGUGCAAGAGAGCUUGUCAGAAAGCUGUGGACAGGCUGAGAGCUGGAGCCAUGGCCCUGGAAGCAGUGACUGCAGCUCUUACAGAGCUAGAGGAUUCACCGUUCACCAACGCUGGUACAGGCUCCAACCUUAACCUGUCUGGGGAUAUUGAGUGUGAUGCGAGCAUAAUGGAUGGGAAGUCAUUAGAUUAUGGAGCAGUUGGAGCUUUAAGUGGAAUCAAGAACCCAGUGUUGGUGGCCAGAAGACUACUGAGUGAAGCACAAAAAGGGAAGCUUUCAGCUGGCAGGAUCCCUCCCUGCUUUUUAGUGGGAACAGGCGCACAGCAAUGGGCUCUCACUCACGGAAUACCUCCAUGUCCUUCAGAGAAGAUGGCCACCAAAUUUAGUUUGUCAGCUUACAAAAGGAACAAACGGAAGAUGGAGCUGGCAGAGAAAAUAGAGACAGAACAUCAUUUUUUGAAGCGACAACGAACGUCAAGUGGAACUGUGAGUGAAAUUAUAGAGCCUAUCUCCUCGUCAUUGGACACAGUGGGGGCAAUUGUUGUGGAUCAGGAAGGGAAUGUGGCAGCUGCUGUUUCCAGCGGAGGUUUGGCCAUGAAACAUCCAGGGCGAGUGGGCCAGGCUGCUCAUUAUGGCUGUGGCUGCUGGGCUGAAAAUGCGCAUGAUGCCAGACCUUAUGCUACAGCUGUGAGUACCUCAGGAUGUGGUGAGCACCUGAUACGCACUAUGCUAGCCAGAGAGUGUUCCACAGCUGUGCAGGCUGAAGAUGCACAUCAAGCCCUCCUGGAGGCUAUGCAAAACAAGUUCAUAGUGUCUUUUGUCUUUUCGCAGUGCCAUUUGCUGUACAACAGUUCACCAUUCCUGGCCAGUGAGGAUGGUGUUCUGGGUGGAGUAAUUGUUCUAAGAUGUUGUAAAUGUGGAGAUGAUCAGAGCUCUGACAGUCUCCGGGCUUUGCUGGUAGAGUUCCUCUGGAGCCAUACUACAGAAAGUAUGUGUGUGGGUUACAUGUCUGCGCAUGACAGUAAAGCCAAGACUCAUAUAUCCAGACUGCCUCCUGGAGCUGUGGCUGGACAAUCACUGGCGAUUGAAGGUGGUGUAUGUCGGCUGGGGGCCAUGAAUGAUUGAAAGCAGAUAAAAUCCCUUUUUUCAGCAGCAAUAUGCUCAUCGUAAUCAAGGCAAAGUCUUAUGAAUGGAGGUAUUAAUGUUGACCUUUUUUUUUUAACUAUGAACAUACAAUAAGUUUGUCUUAUAAGGCAAUUAAAUGGUUAACGAUA